AUGUCGUUCGCUUCAAGCUUUGGAAGUCUGUCCACUAGAAAGAAUGUCCUAAGGAUACUGGUCGCCGUGGUGGUGUUCCAGUUGAUCUUCAACUAUUUAUUACCUGAAAGAGUCAGUUCACCAUUGAAUAAACCAUCUUUUGAAGAAUCUAUAUCAACUCCUUCCAAAAGUGAGUCUCAAGGUAUCCCAGCUGAUGGGGAAGUUCAUAUUCCAGUGCUAGGUGGUCCUGAACCACCUUUCGAUCCUACUGAACAAUUAUCAAAGAUUGGUUCUGAAGAAAAAUUAAAUGGGUUAUCAAAUACUUUAAAAGAAAAAAUCAAAGCUGAUGUUGAUUCCAAAAUACCUGAAAAAUUAUCUGAUAUCAAUAAUGACAAAAGUUUAUCUAAAUUAGAAUCAGGUUCAUCUUCAUCAAGUUCAGAAUCAAAACAACUUAAAGAAGAAAGAUCAUUCUUCAAAAAAGCUGUUGAUAUCUUCAUUAGAAAUAAACCAGAAGGUAUUGAUAAUGUUGAACUUAAUGAACAAGCACCAUCAUAUUGGUAUAUCGAUUUACCAAAUCCAACAUUCACUAUUGAUUUCUUGAAAAAAUUCACUAAAAUGUCUGAUGAACAGCUAAAUGAAUUGAAAAAGAAACAUUCCUCAUUAAAAUUAGACAUUUUGGAUUUAGAAUAUCCAAAAGGUACAUUUGAAGGUAAAGGGAUAGUAAUGGUUGCAGGUGGUCCAUUUUUAAGUACAGCUUUGAUCUCAAUUAGAGCGUUGAGAGAAACUGGUUCAAAAUUACCAUUACAAUUAAUGUUAACUACAUCAGAAGAAUAUGAUAAAGAUGUUUGUGAAGAGUUAUUACCAAAAUUAAAUGCUAAAUGUAUGAUUAUGGAAGAAAUUGUUGGUAAAGAAACUUUCCAAAGUUUAAAAUUACAAAAAUAUGAACUAAAAGUUCUUGGUCUUUUCCUUUCAACUUUUGAAGAAGUUUUAUUAAUGGAUGCUGAUAAUUUAGCUGUUAAAGAUCCUGAUUAUAUUUUAGAUUCUAAACCUUUUAAAGAAUUUGGUUAUAUUAUUUGGCCAGAUUUUUGGAGACAAACAAUUUCACCAUAUUUUUAUGAUAUUACAGGUGUUGAAGUUGGUGAACCAAUUAGAAAAGAUGGUGUAAACCCAGAAGGUCCAAAUAAUAUUCGUUCCGAAUCACAAUUAUCAGAUUUAGAAGGAACUAUUCCAGAUUCAACAUGUGAAGCUGGUCAAUUAGCUAUUAGUAAAAAAUUACAUCAUAAAUCAUUAUUAGCUACUGUUUAUUAUAAUUUAUUUGGGUUUAAAUUUUAUUAUCAUUUAUUAGGUCAAGGUGCUGUUGGUAUUGGUGAUAAAGAUACAUUUAUUGCAGGUUUAACUGUUUUCAAAGAAUCAUAUUAUUUCAUGAAACAACGUCCAUUAUUAUUUGGUUAUGAUCAUAAAGAUGGUUGGCAAGAUACUACAAUGGUUCAAUAUGAUCCAGAACAAGAUUAUGAAUAUUAUCAAGCUGCUAAACAAUAUUUAAUUAAAGAAGGUAUUGAUUCAAGAAUUAACUUAUUCUUAAACCAUGAAUAUACUGGUAAUUUAAGAAAAAAAAUUGAUGAGUCAAUUAAUAAACCAAAACCUGAAGUUCAAUUUUUACAUAUUCAUUAUCCAAAAUUUAAUGCUAAGAAAAAUUUUGAAAAUGGUGAUUAUGAAGUUAAUGGACAUGAAAGAAGACAAUUUGGUCCAAGAGAAAAAAUUAAAAAUGAUUUAGAAUUAGAUUGGGAAUUAAAAAUUUCAAGAAUUUCUCAAUGGUUAGCUUGUGAUUCCAAGAUUGUACCAGAAGAUUGGAAAGUUGAAAAUAAACAACAAUUUUGUGAUAGAUUGAAAAAACAUGUCGAUUGGUUGAUUGAAACUAGUGAUACUCCAGAAAUGGCUCAAUUGAAAGAAUUAGGUGUAUGA